UUGCCGUGAUAUACAACGAAACUAUUACAUAUAUAUUAUAAAGUAACGAAGUUAUUAUUAUUUUUUUGAAGGAGUUAAGGCUUUAAUUAUUAGUUACAAGUUUCAUCAGUUUAGUUAUUAUAUGUUGAACAGCAAAGUCCAGCUGCAACAAGAAAAAAAAGCAACAAGAAAAAGCAGAAGAAGAAUUAUAAGAAGAAGAAAGACAAUAUUAAUUUUAUGUGACAGUGAAGAUGGGUUCUCAAUGCUCAAAACAAGUUGAAAGAAGAAAAACAAUCCACACAGAGAAGAAGAAUCUUUCGAAUCUAAAAAGUUCAGGAGAAAACUACCCUGGCUCUGAAUACCAUCCGACAGAUAGAAAAAACUGGAUGAACGAUCUGAACCCUGAAAAAAUCCACAUCAAUCAGAUCGUGUGGCCAGGAACUCAUGAUUCAGCAACGAACAAAAUUGGUAUCCCACUUAUAACUCGUCCUUUCGCUCAAUGCCAAUCUUUAUCAAUAUACAAACAGCUCGAAAAAGGUACACGUGUUAUCGACAUACGUGUUCAAGAAGAUCGACACGUGUGCCACGGAAUUCUGGUGACUUACAGCGUCGAUGUUGUGAUCGAUGAUGUUAAAAAAUUCUUAUCUGAGACAAAUUCUGAGAUUAUAAUUCUUGAAAUUAGAACGGAGUUUGGUCACGAGGAUCCACCUGAAUUCGAUAAGUAUUUAGAGGAACAAUUAGGUGAGUAUUUGAUUCCACAGGAUGAUCAUGUAUUUGGAAAAACCGUUGCGGAAUUGUUACCGAAGAGAAUUAUAUGUGUUUGGAAACCGAGAAAAUCGCCACAGCCUAAAGCAGGGAGUGUUCUGUGGAGUGCGGGUUUUUUGAAGGAUAAUUGGAUUAACACGGAUCUUCCAUCCACGAAAUUCGAUGGAAAUUUGAAACAUUUGAGUGAACAACCACCGGUUACGGCCAGGAAAUAUUUUUAUAGGGUGGAGAAUACGGUUACUCCGGUGGCGGAUAAUCCUGUUUUGUGUGUCAAACCUGUUACGAGACGUAUUCAUGGAUAUGCUAGGCUUUUUAUUGCUCAGUGUUUUGAUAAAGGAUUUGCUGAUAGGAUUCAGAUAUUUUCAACGGAUUUUAUUGAUGAGGAUUUUGUUGAUUCCUGUGUUGGACUCACUUAUGCGAGGGUUGAAGGAAAACUAUGAAUUCAUUCUGUUCUAUGUUUUCUUUUAUUCUUCUUCUUCUUCUUCUUCUUCGUUCAUUUCAUAUCUCUGCUGCUACUUGCUUCGAUUCAUUGUUUUUAUAUCACAGUAAUUAAUUGUUACGGCAUACGAGCAAUUUGUGGUGUUUUUGUAUUUUUUUAUUUUAUAUGUUGCUUUGUAAAUGUGUAUUGUGAAUUUUAUUGUAAAUUCCAAUUACUACAAUAUGUUCUGUUGCGUUGUCUUAAAUUGUGAUAAAUGAUAAUCAUCAUAGUUUCAAAGAA